UUUUAUUUGUGAGGUACGCCUUUGCUUCAUAGGCAUACUUCUUUUACUUUGAGUUUGCAUUUAAAAAUUAGAAAAUCAUUUUAUAUAUUUAAGUUUAGUGCAAAUUCAAACAAACAAUAAAAGGUUAAAGUAAAGGAGAGAGUAGCAAGUACAAAGAAAAAACAAAUCAAAAACCCAUACCGGUUAUUAAUUGAUCAUGAAAAAAAAGUAUGGAGUUGGUAUACACUUGUAGUAUAUACUAUAUGCUCCCUCCACUCCUCGUACUAUUUAGUUUAGAAUUAAGUAUCCAUUUCUGACUACUUCUACACCACACCAUUUUACAGUUUACACUACCAAACUAUUAGGAGCAGAAUAACAAAAGAAAGAAAGAAAUACAGACAAACAGACAGGAACCAAAGAGAUCUGCAAACUUCUGAAAUGUUGAAUGAAGAUGAAAUGAUUUCAAUGAUUUGGGGAGGAUUAACCAUUAAUGACCCUCUCUGAAAAAUUCCCCAUCUUUCCUGCUUUCUUCCUCUGACAUCUUCUGCUUUUUCUGCAACCCCUUUUGUAUUUCUGUUCAUAUUUACAGUAAAAGUUGUGGUUGAUUGUAAGGGAAAAAGAUAUGAAUAAGAGGAUAAUAAUACUGUUUCGACAUCUGAGUUUCUAUUUUUUCUUCAAUUAGUUGUAUUUAGAAUGGUUUUUCUGAGGAUUUAAGGGUAAAUGCUCUUUCUUUGAUCUUCCCAUGAUGAUGAAAACUGGUAGAAUGCAAUUGUUAAUCUGGUUGCUUUGGCUUUUCUAUUAUGGGCUGGUAGAACCAUUAAGUGCUCAAUCAUCAGUGAAUUAGUCUACUGGAAAGAUCACGGUUAUCCAGGUAUUGUGUUGGUCUAGGAAAGUGUUUGUGAACGGAUCUUCUCUGGCGGUGAAGUUUUCUGCAGAAAUAUUGACUCCUUCUUGGGGCAAAUCUCCUUUGGCAAUAUAGUUCUGGUAUUCAACCAGAACAUAAAUGUAUUAAACAACUAUAUAAAUAUAUUUAUCUGACGAUUUUGCUCUCCCGGGCAAAUCUCCUUUGGCAAUAUAAACUGUGUUUGGAAGAAACCCGUUCUCCCAGCAUAUAUUCAUAUAAAAAUUAUACAAAACUCACUACGCUCUUUAGGGCAAAUCUCCUUUGGCAAAAUAGUACUCAUAAUUCUAUCUGCUUGCUUGUAUUCUAUCCGGGCUAUUAAUCAGAUUGCCUUCGGCAUUUCCUAUAUCUCGCUCCAUUCAAAGUUUACUUCCAUUGGUGUGGGAAACUUGUAGCUAUAGUUCUUUCUUAUUUGUUGGCUACACUUCUACUGAUUCACAGUUUAGUUUUUCCUUCUUAAAAAACGUUCGUUCCUCGGGCAAAUCUCCUUUGGCAAUAUUCAGUCCAUUUUGUUGGACUAUUCUCCUUUGGCAAUUGGAGUCAUAAACUGACUCCUGUUAUCAUAAGGGGCAAAUCUCCUUUGGCAUUCUAUCUCCAGUUGGAGAUACAUAUCUAUCUCUCGGCAGAGGUAGAAAAUCGACUGGGACACUUAUCAUCAGGUCACGUUUACCGAAGCAGAUCAUGGCUAUGGAAUUCUUUGGUGAUUCUGAUAUUGAGAGUUUUAGUGAGACCAGCAGUGAUGAUCAAGAUGAUAUAUUUUCCAUCUACAGCGGACACGCUCAGAGUAUCUUGUCUAGUCUUGAGGAUAGCAUUGAAAAAAUUGAUGAUUUCCUUUCGUUUGAGAGAGGUUUCACAUAUGGGGACAUCGUCCGUUCCGCAACAAAUCCGUCUGGACAGAUGGGUAAAGUAGUGGAUCUCAAAAUGUGUGUUGAUCUAGAAAAUGUUUUUGGUGAAGGCAUAAAAGAUGUCAAUUCGGGAAAAUUGUUGAGAAUGCGGUCUAUUUUGGUUGGGGAUUAUGUGAUUCAUGGUCCAUGGCUUGGAAGAGUCGAGAAAGUCGUUGACAAAGUUGGUGUUGUGUUUGAUGAUGGAUCAAAGUGUGAUAUCAUGGCAACUGAUCAAGCAGAAGUGAUACCACUCUCACCUAAUUUACUCGAUGAUUCACUUUACCCAUAUCAUCCUGGACAAAGAGUUAGAGUUAGUCGUCCUACAGUGUCUAAACCUGCUCGAUGGUUACGUGGAAUAUCCAAUAAGAUUAAGCAUGAUGGAACGGUUGUUUCCGUUGAAGUUGGAUGUGUGUACAUUGACUGGUUAUCUUCUGCUAUGAUCGGUAAUAGCUUGAGCUUACCGCCUCCAACUCGUCUACAAGAUCCCAAAAACCUGACCUUGUUAUCUUACUUCUCGUAUGCUAAUUGGCAAAUUGGUGAUUGGUGCAUCCUUCUGUCAGAAACAGCAUUUCCGAGAAGGGAGUUGGAUUCAAAAUUUGAUGAGAUCUGUUCGAUCGUAAAGAAAAAAAUCAAAGUAGACGUCAUGUGGCAAGAUGGUAGUUUCUCACUUGGGUUGGAUUCACACACUCUCUUUCCCGUAGGUGUUCUGAAUGCUCACGACUUUUUCCCGGAACAAUUUGUUCUCGAGAAGACUAGUUCUGAUGAUCCUGUAACCGCAGUUUAUCAUAGAUGGGGGGCUGUUAGAAGUGUGGAUGCAACUGAGAAGACCGUUAAGGUGAAAUGGGAUAGUACCAAUGGUGCUUGUAAAGAAGCUGGUGAACCGAAAAUUAUGGAGGAAACCGUGAGUGCAUAUGAACUAGUAGAGCACCCCGAGUAUUCCUUUAACAUUGGUGACAUUGUGUUCAUGUCAAAUACAAACCAAUUUUCCGAUCAGUUGAACAAAAUGAGCAUAGAGGAUAGUACUAGGUCGGGAAGUGAAAAAUGUGAUCUUGAUUUGAGUGACCUUAAUAGAUGUUUCUUGUCCUGUAUCGGAUAUAUUAUCGGGUUUAAAGAUGGAGAAAUUGAGGUACAAUGGGCUAGUGGAGUCAUGGAAAAGGUCGCUCCUUACAAGUUACUCCGCGUGAAAAAGGAUGAUGGAUCUGUUGCUACUCAUUUUCUUCAAGAAAAUGUUCCCGAGUUCAGAGACGAGAUGACUGACUAUGAGAAACAAUCUGCGGACAAUCAGAAUUUGUCGGAAAGCCACAGUAAUGCUGCUGUCGAUUCUCAAAAUGGCCAUGGAAGUUCACAUUUCCUUAGUCUUUCUCAAGCGGCUUUCGGAUUGAUUACUAGUAUUGCUUCUAAUUUCUUCAAAUCACAUGCUUCAACAUCCCUGUCACAUCCUAUGUCAUGCACCCAUGCAAUCGAUGAAACCGAAAUCGGAAGUUUCGAUGAGCAAAACCUUGAAUCAUGCGACAACUUUUCAUAUUUCCACACACCGAAAACUAGAGACUUUGAUAAUAGCAACGUGAGUUCAAAGCAGGAUGUUGAUAAGGACUUGGCGAACACAGAGCCACGUCCUGCAACUAAAACUAAAGGCUUACGAAAGUUCAAACAGUUUGAUGUCGUGGACGAUUGCUCUGGCCAUCACUUUGCGGAUUCUGCUGGAAAUGGAGCUACAUCGACCCAGAUGAGAAUAGGUUGGUUGAAAAAGGUUCAGCACGAAUGGAACAUUCUCGAGAAAGAUCUUCCCGAAAGUAUAUAUGUUCGAGUUUAUGAGGAUAGAAUAGAUUUGCUUCGUGCGGCCAUUGUUGGUGCUCCCGGAACUCCGUAUCAUGAUGGGCUUUUCUUCUUUGAUAUAGUGCUUCCUCCGGAUUAUCCUAAUGUUCCUCCUCUGGUGCAUUACCACUCGGGUGGUUUACGUCUCAAUCCAAACCUUUACGAGUCAGGAAGGGUGUGCCUCAGUCUUCUCAACACAUGGACAGGCACAGGAUCUGAAGUUUGGAAUCCCGGAAGCUCAACUAUUCUCCAAGUUCUUCUCUCUCUUCAGGCUCUUGUGCUUAACGAAAAACCCUAUUUUAAUGAGGCGGGCUAUGAUGAACAGAUAGGAAAAGCAGAGGGAGAGAACAACUCGGUGAGCUACAACGAAAAUGCAUAUUUGGGUACUUGCAAAUGCAUGCUAUACCAACUCCGGAAACCACUCAAGCAUUUCGAAGAGCUUGUCGAGGAGCACUUUGAAAGACAAUCUACGAUGAUUUUAUCCGCUUGCAAAGCUUAUAUGGAGGGAGCGCCGAUUGGUUUCCAGACCAAUAGUGAGCUUGAAAAGGGAAAUUCCAAAGGCUUCAAGAUUAUGCUAGCCAAGCUCUUUCCCAAGCUUGUGCAAGCAUUUUCCGAAAAGGGAAUCAAUUGCGGCCAGUUUAUCGAGCCAGAAAAUUGACAAACCGGUGACAGGCCAGAUAAUCGAGCCAGGCAAGUCAUGAAUUGUACAAUGUGUAAAAUAGAAAUGUAUCCUUGAUUCACUUUUCACAAUAUUUUCUCAGAAAAUAGGUGAAAAAUAGAUGAAUGUAAUAAAUAAAAAUAUGGGAUGUGUGCUUGUGAAGAAGUUUGUUUUGUGUGUGCUCCCCAGAAGUCAAAUCUUCUGCUUGAUUACUUUACAAUUUCAUUGUGUUUGUAAAAUAUGUUCUGCUGUUAUUUGAUUGUAGUAAUUGUAACAUAUGAUUAUGUGUGAAGUAAAAGUAGAAACUAUUGUAUGA